AUGGUUAGCUGGUCCAUCGAACUCUCCGAGCAUGACAUCCGCUACGAACCCAGAAGAGCCAUUAAAGCACAAGUCCUUGCAGACUUCUUGGUCGAACUCACCGAUGAGGAAGAGCCCCCUGCUGAGAUCACCUGGGUGGUCAACGUCGAUGGCUCGAGCAACAAGGAAGGUGGCGGGGCUGGGAUCGUAUUACAGACUAGAGACCUGGGGGCUAAGGAGAUACUGGUCUGCUGCGAUUCUCUUCUAGUCGUCUCACAAGCGAACGGAGAAGCUCAAGCAAAAGACCCCAUCCUGGAGCAGUACUUGGCCCAUUUGAAGCGACUGGCUUCAACCUUCUCCAAAGUGGAGUUCCGCCACGUCCCCAGAGCCCAGAAUGAUCGUGCAGAUACCCUGGCCAAACUGGCCAGCACUGGAAAGCCUGGCCUAAAUGGAACCGUCAUUCAGGGGACCCUAGCCCUCCUUUAUGUGGCUGACCCCGAACGUCCGGUGGGACAAGUUAUGAUGCCGAUCGGUACCGAAGAAGACUGGAGGACCCCGAUCAUCAAGUAUCUCAGAUCUGGAUGGCUACCUGAAGAGAAGGCUGAAGCCAAAAAGUUGGUAAGGCACGCCUCCUGGUACACUAUCGUUAACGAUGAUCUCUUCAAGCGGGGAUUCUCCACCCCCCUUCUGAAGUGCCUGGGUAAAGACAGAGCAGCCUAUGUCUUAGCGGAAGUCCACGGAGGCAGCUGCGGCCACCAUCCGGGUGGACGUUCCCUGGCCCGGAAAGUGCUCCGAGCCGGCUAUUACUGGCCAACCCUAGAGAAAGACGCGGCAGAUCAUGUUAAGCAAUGCGACCCCUGCCAGAGGCAUGCUGAUCUGCACAACGCUCCCCCUGCCCGUCUUUCAUCACUGGUCAGUCCUUGGCCUUUCCAUCAGUGGGGCAUGGAUCUAUUGGGCCCGUUCGACACCGCACCCGGCCAACUCAAGUACCUGGUGGUAGUGGUGGAUUACUACACCAAGUGGAUUGAGGCCGAGCCGCUAGCAACGAUUACCUCAGCUCGAGUGCAACGCUUCUUCUACAAGAACGUCAUCAGCAGGUUCGGAGUCCCCGGAGUCCUGGUCACAGACAAUGGGACCCAGUUUACCUCUAAGGGGUUCAGAGACCUCUUGGAUGGGCUGCACAUCAAACAGCGGUUCACCUCCGUCGAGCACCCCCAGACGAACGGGUAG